AGGAAGACCAUCACGUUGGAUUGCGAAAUGCAGUCGCAGGCCGCACCGUUAUAAAACAUCGAAAGUUUUUAAACGUUUCGUUGGGUAGCUUUCGUGCAGUGUAGUUUAAUUAUCGAUCCGCGGCAGGCAUUCGCUCAAUCCCAUAUUAGCUAUAGACCGACCAGUUUACCCUCGCAAUUGUCAUGGAGCCACUCAAAGGUCAGCAGCCAUCCGGCAUAACCGGGAAGCUCAUCAUCACUUUGGUGGCUGCCACACUGGGAACAUAUUUCACCAUUGGUUUCGGUGUGUCCAGCCUCAACGGACCCCAGAACAUCGUUCUCCAGUGGAUCCGCGAUGUCAAAUGCCGGAGCUUUGGUGGCGAAUUCGGAAUGACCUACAACAGUAUUAAUGAUACCGAACACGAUCCCAAUGUUACCAAAAAUCUCUGGUGCAGACCGUUUCCGGCCACCGAAGAAAAAGAAAUGUUAGCCGAAAAUACGGAAUUAAACACCCUGUGGGCGCUGAUUGCAUCCGGGAUUUGUACCGGCGCGGUACUAACGGUUCUAACCUGUUCUUCGCUGAUCCAGUGGUUUGGUGUGCGCAAUACACUGAUCAUUAGUGCUUCGAUAUUCGCCGUCGGUUGUAUAUUAUGUGGAUUCUGCAAAGUAGCUGAUUCUUGGCCGAUGUUGAUGGCCGGACGAAUGAUUCUCGGAAUGGCAUGCGGAUUGGAGACGACCGUUGUCGCCAUGUACAUGUCGGAAGUGACCCCGAUCCGGCUGCGCGGCGCAGCUGGAACACUGCCAAUUGUCAUGUAUGUUAUCGGCUUAAUGCUGGCUACCGGUUUUGGAUUUCCCGAAGUACUGGGGACGGAAAGGCUGGCCGGUUUGGCGGGAGCGGCCGCGCUGCCGUGCAUCGUUUCGUGUAUAGUUCUGCUCAAAUGCCCGGAGAGUCCGCGUUUCCUGUUUAUUUCCCGCGGGAAGAAGAUCGAUGCACAGCAAGCGUUAGUGUGGCUGCGCGGUACAACACUGGUUACCGAAGAACUUGACGAAAUGGCGGCGGAAGCCGCUAGCCUGCGCAACAGUCGAAAGGUCACUUUCAUCGGACUGUUUACGGAUCCGUUCCUGCGAAGAAUAGCUUUACUGGCGGCUGUUCCCAUGUUAGCACAGCAACUUUCAGGGUAUAACUGUGUCGGAUUUUAUUCUACAUCCAUAUUUGCCGGGAUCGGUUUAGACCGACGGACUGCCUUAUUUGCUACGCUUGGAUUAUGGAGCUGUUUUGCUUUAGCCAGUGGUAUAUCGAUGGUACUAGUGGACCGUCUGGGACGCCGGAUAUUAUUAGCAAUUUCCGGCUUUGGUGUCAUUUUGGCAUUGGUCAUGUACACGAUUUUUGCCACUAUGGGUGACAAUGGUGUGGGAGAAGGGACGAAACUAGCCACGGCUCUGUGUUUACCGGGAUAUGUUUUGUUUUAUGGCAUCGGCGUUGCAUCCGUGCCAUGGAUAUUAGCCGGUGAACUGUUCACGCAGGAAGCCCGUAGUGCAGCGACAACGCUGGUUUCAGUUGUCUGUUGGCUGGUUGGCGCGGUGGUCUCCAAUUUGUUUCCUUUGAUGGUUGUGGCCAUGAGCCAUUAUACCUUCCUUAUCUUUGCCGUUUUAGUUUUAGUGUGUGCCGUUUAUCUCUUAUUGAAAUUGCCGGAAACCAAGGGUCUGACGGUCGAGAAUAUCCAAAAGAAACUUCACUCGGGAGGUCUUUAACUACGAAGACUAACGCUGAGAUUCGGUGCUUCCUCAUUUACCGCUUAUUGCGCUGUAUACCGUAUAAUUAGUUCUCAGAAAAUACAAAACUUCCAGUGGCCACUUUUAUUCAUAAUCCAGUGAGUAAUAUAUACUUUUCGCAAGCUGGCGCUUUGCCUUUGGAUUUUGAUUGUUGACUGGCACAAGCCCUUCAAAUAUUUGUCUGCGCAUUAAAUGCAGCGCUUUUUCUUGUUAACCAAUUUAUAUGUUAAAAUUAUUUAAGUAACGGUCUCUGCUAUCGUCGAAACACAUUUAACGGGAUAGCAAAAUAAAAAUUACAAACUCUU